GUCAGUGGGCCAGCCGGUGAUAUCAAGCCGUGCAUAAUAAUAAACACUUUACGCAUUCAUUUGCUUCCGGACUGUCUAACUAACAGUUUCGGCAUAGACGACAGUUUAACUACUGCAUCGUAUUAUAAAUACGGAAUUUAAUAUGAAAGUUUAAUAAAUAAAUGUGAAAUCUGAAUAGACUGAUUAAAAAACUGACUGUGUUUUUGAAUACGCAAAAUUAUUGAAAUUGUAUCUGUGAGUAAUAGUGUAAUAAAGUUGACUGUGAAGAUGUGUGGAACACAGAUUAGGUGUAUAUUAUUAACAGUGAUGUGCCUGGAGGUAUCAAUCGUGUUUUCAGCACCGUUGCUACAAUUAUUGCAACCAUAUCAGAGGAUACCGAUGCCACCUUCCCAGCCGAAUCUUCAACAACAGUUAUUGGAACUGCAAACGAUGCAGCAGUUCAGUCCAAUGCAUCAAUACGGAAUGAAUCAACUUCGGCCAUUCAUAAUUUUACUUCCCGAUCAACCCGCAAACAUAAACUUCAACCCGAUACCAAAAAUAAGCGAUCGUAUCGAACACGAAUCCAACUCGAAAACGAAACAAGACGUCAAAACUAAAACAAAAGACGAAGAUGAGGACUCAGUAGUUAUAGAUGCUGAACCAAUACCUAUACUUGAAGAACAAAGAGUUUUUUUACUAAUACCAAAUGGGAAUAGAGGUUUAAUUGGAGACUUCAUAUCGGCUAUCCCAUUUCUGCCGAUAGAAAUAAAUGUCCCUGAUACAAUAUCUUGGGCUUACGACGGUAUUUCCAGUGGAAUUUCAGGUAUCAUAUCAAUAAUCGGCUCAAGAUUUCCGUUCCAAAGACCGCAGGAAGUAGUGUCAAUGAAGAAUGCUAAUUUUAAGUCAAUAGUUAAUGAUUUUCAAAUGAAAAAUAAUAUAAAUAAUAUUAGACCGCUAAUAAUUAUGCCCUUAGGGGGUUUAAGUAGACCGAUUACACCUUUUGUAUUGUAAACAAAGUAUAUUGUUUAUACUUAUUUAUUGCAGAAAACCAAA